UCUGUCUGUCUGUCUGUCUGUCUGUCUGUCUCACUCUCUUCUUUCCUUCCAAUCUCCCGAUCAUCUUUUGGCUAUCCGUCUAUGCAGGUAAAGUUGAGUUCUGCUCUUCCCUUUGCCCAUCCUGCUGCACAUUGUUCCAUUUGGGUUGCUUCAAGAAGUUUGACCACAGAGAAAAACAGGUGAUGGUACAGCAAGAUCAGAUGUGGUUAGCAGUUCCUAGAGGAGCUGGAUAAAGCUUGUGGUUAUGGCUAAAGCCUAUAGGCCGAGUUCUGCACACAGCUCAGGGUGUGUGUCUACACAAUGUGCUGGAGUCGAGGGUAUGAUGUUGUGUUUCCUGUCUUUAGUCUUUGCUUUGAGAAGACAGACUUCGGCAAGGCUGGUUCAUUGUCUCUCUUGGGACAGAAACCAGAGAGAAGGUGGAUUUGGGGCUCCAGCCGUGGUUGUUCUUCCAGGGAUACUGACUGAGGAUGAAGUCUGCUGCUUUGGUGACAGGUUGGUGACCUCUCUGCCCAACUCAGAUUGGAAAUUUGCCGUCUAUCUCACAUUCACACUGCAUCUCCUUUGCUCUUCACUUCCAGUCUGUCUCCAGAUCCUCCUCGGAAGAUCAGUCCAGGCAGACCUUCCCCGUGCUCCAGUUUUCUCUGUUUCUCCAAAGAAGGAUGUCUAUACAAGAGGGGAAUCUGUGGAACUCAAGUGCUCAUCUUCCGAAACCCGACAUGUAUCAAGGACCCAGUUUUUCAGGGACCAACAGGAUCUGCAUUCAGUCAAGCCCUCCUCUCCCUCCUCUCUGAACAACGUCACACACACCCUGCGCCUGGUCAUUCAAGAUGGUGGAGAUUACUCCUGCAGGUACCACAUUGUGGAAUCCGGGCGAGAGAUCGCAUCCAGAGAGAGCAACUCCAUCAGGAUUUCGCUAUCGGGCCGCCUUCGUCCUCCGUUCUUCUCUGUGUCCCCGAAGCUUGACAUGUACAGCAGUGGGGAGAUUGUGAACCUCACAUGCUCUGUUCCUGAAAACCUCAUGUCGAGGGUUCUCUUUAAGAAGGACCAAUGGCUGUUGCGUGUCUACACGCCCCCUUCUCCUCUGGCCUCCUUUACAUACACGAGGCGCUUGUCUCCUCAAGACAGCGGGGAGCAUCUUUGCACGUACCGAGCUGCAGAAUCAAGCCAGAAUAUCUCAUCCCCAGAAAGCAGCAGGAUCAGGAUUUCAGUGAUGGCUCCUCCUCCUGCCCCGGUGCUGACAGUGGAUCCUCCGUCAGGAGUGGUGAAGGAAGGGGGAUUCCUGCGCCUCACUUGCUCGGCCUUUGGCAGCGACGCAGAGCAAAGGUUCCAUUUCUACAAGGAUGGGGUCAAGAUUUCCUCCAGCAGUGAAGAGUCUCUGGUGGCCUCCGGAGAACCCAGGAAUGCCUUCUCGACCGCCUCUGCAAACACCCUGGUCCAAGUCACAGCCAGCAUCCACACUGGGGGAUUUGCUUGCAGGUAUGAGCAGAAACUGAGCAGCCGAUGGAUCAUGUCUCCCUGGAGCCAAACGGUGAAUCUCACAGGUGAGCCAUGCCCCACCGGGAACACAGAGCCCACAUUAGAAGUGGGAGAGUCCUCUUGUGGGUUUUGUGUUUGAACUGCAAGACUGAAGGAUGGAGGGAAAAGUGCAAGGGGUGGGAACAAUACCGU